GAUACAGUCUAUACAAGGUAUUAUGCAGUAGAGUGUAGUCAAUUCAGAUAAAAAUCAUUUAAUGGAUAUAUGUUUGUAACGGGACGUAGUAGAAAUGAGGGUUAAAGGUAAUUUUCCCAAUGUUUGUGUGACUUUAGUGGUCGUUACUUUUAUUUGCUCUAUUUCGUGUGCUGGACCAGGAACCAAAGGUGUGUCACAAACUAAAUCUAAAGAGUCAACAAAAAGAACACUGAAUGAGGAAACGUCGACCCCUGUUCGUCGGUUACCCGUUACGUGUACAGAUUGUAAGGACAAAGUUAUUAAAUCAGAAAAAGAGCAACAUAAGAUAAGACAUUCUCAACGAAAGCAAACGAAACAUGCUCGAAAUUUUAAUAAAGACGUCCUCCAAACGGCGGCCCCCAGUUUAAGUGACGCGUCUAAUUCUGACCCUGCUGAAACGCCCUUAAAAAUCCUUCUUAGAAUGUUGGUGAAUGGAACCCAGGUAGGACAGUGGUUAACUGGAUCAGGAGAUUUCACAAAACAUUCAGACAAUGUAAAGUCAUCAAAUCCAAGUGAUAAAAAUUAUGAAAUACGCAUUAAUAACAAAAAUAAAGCAGAACUGGCAGAAUCUGACUCCAGUUCGGUUAAAAAACUAGUUUUAAAUGAUAAUACUGAUAAGCGAAAUCCCGAAACGCGAUUAUCAGCUGAAAUUUUCAUUGACGAUGAUCCAAAUACAUUAGCUGCCCUUGAAUCAACGAAACAACAUCAUCAUCGUAAAACAGAUAAAACAGACCAUCGACAAAAUAACCAGAAAAUAAAAUCCCAAAAGCAUAAGAAAAAACCGAAACAUCAUGAACAUUCUAAUAAAAAUCAACAGCACCAAAACCGUAAACUAAAAGGCAAGAAAACUUCUCUAAAACAUAUUCUAAAGGAGACGCAAAAUCAGGAUCCCUAUAGGAGAAGAGGAUAUGAGGACCAGAAACUGUACAAUAGACUUGAAGUACCAGUGAAAUCUUUAUUAAAUUCAAUGGACCUAGUACUUGAUGCUACAGUGACAAGAUCAAAAGAGGUAAAAUCUUCAAAUGACUUCAUCUACAACAGUACACGCUAUACAUUGAUGAUGGGUGUACGGGACUUGCUACAGAAUAUCAUUAAGUAUAACGAUGAGGUCUACGGGGCGGUGGUAGGUCUAAGUGAACUAACACGUGACGUGUACAGACGAUCUCACAAGAGACAAAGAAAUGUUACUCCUUUUGAACCUCUUAUACAAGACUACAAAUCCACGAAUAAUGUUGGGGUAAAAUAUCGAGAGCUGGCUCAAGAUUACAGAAAAUAUCAACAACAGUAUAACACUGUAAAAAUGAUGAAAAUGAAGAGUGACCAGGUUGCCGAGCGUUUAAAACAGAUUAAAGAAAGAUUAGAUACAAAUCUUGGUGGUGUUGAGUUGAUGGAUUUGAUUUAUCAUGCAAACCAAACUACCAUGAAAUUAGAUGCUGAGUUUAAACAGUCAAUGGCAGUUAGAAAGUUCGACAGAUAUUUGAAUGCCAUCACUGAUGUCCGGUUAAUAACAGAAGACAGUAGAGUUUUAUUACGUAAAGCACGGGAUGAAAUUAGAACGGCUACAACUCAUACACGAGGAAAUAUGAUAGCAAGUCAAGACAGACGAAGACCAAAAAGACAACCAGUGAAUGGAGUAGACGGUGGGGAUUUACCGCCUAUCUCAUAUAGAACCUCAAGAUCCGUAUCGUCAUCUUCAUCAUCAUUAUACACACCAGAAGAAAAGGCUAGAUUGCAGACCUUGAUACGAAAAGCUUCCGCACAUGCUGAAUUAUUAAGAAAAACUGCACAAGAUUCUAAAAGAUUACUUGAUCCGUUGAUUGAAAUGUCACGAAAUCGUGAGAAUCUUUCAUCUGGUAGUAGAAGUAAUACGGAAUCGAUAACUAGAAAAAUCAUAUAUACAGUAAAGGAAAUGUACCCAAAACUCAAAAAUUUAGGAAGUCUCAUAAAUUUUGACGAGAAAUUACCCGUAUAUUGUGUAUUUAGUCAAGCAGCAGAUCAGGAAUGUAUAGGUAACCAGGAAGAAAGUGUCGAUGUUGGUGAUAAACUGGGGACGUGUAUCGAGGGUUCUGCUUGUGAUGAUACAGAAAGUUCUGGUGCAGAUGAAGAUGGGUCUCUACCAACAACAGAUAUGGAUUUUGAGUUUGAGGAGGAAACUAGACCAAGUAAAGAUAAACAAAUAGAAAUGGCUAGUGUGUUUGAGAAAUUUGGAUCACAGUUAUCUCAAGACUUAAAAAAAGAGAUCCAAUUAUCACAGACAGCUCUCAACAACGCUAGAAAUGUUCAACUUAAAGUUGACGCCCAGUCUUUGAAAUGGAAUAAUACAAAAGAUAGAAUAGAACAAUCAACAAGUUCCAUGAAAGCUUUUACAGACUUUAAAUCUCGGUGGCUUCCUGAAAAAGCCAGAUUAAAAGAGAUUAGUGUAAAAGUUCAAAAAGCUGCCUCCAUGGUUGAAAUAACGUUUAAUAAAACACAAAAUAGAUGUCUUCAAGCUACAAAAAAGGCUGAAGAAAUUGUAAGUUUAGUUCAAGGAUUACAGAAUAAAACAUCUGGAGCUAUAGAAGGUUCAGCAGAUGAUGACGAUGGGGGUGACGACGAUGGUGAUGGCAGUGUUAAUGAAGAUAUAGAUAUGGCUGCUACUAACAGUAAAGUCAAUUCCGUCAAAACUGAAUUAAACACAUUAAAAAAACUAAGAGUAGAUACACCAGUGCUAUGUGAAAAUGUUCAGGAUAGAAUUAGAAAAAUGAGAUCAGAUAUAUCGGCAUUAAAAGAAAAAGUUGAUCAAGCCAGAUUAGUUCUAGCAUCACUGAAAUUAUCAGUGAGUGUUGAUGAUACAAGUUAUAUAAAAAGUAAAGUAGAAGGAAGAUCUCAUUAUGCAUCUAUAGUAACAGAUAUACAAGUUUGUAUAAAACCCACAUCAACUGAUGGUAUUAUACUAGUAGUGGAUGGUAAUAAUUCGGCAUCUUAUACUCUUGAGAUGGAUAAUGGUAUGUUACGAGGUGUACUAAAGGGGUUGACGAGGAAUGAGAUAGCUGAAUUGACAAUUAGUGAACCGUUAGAACUAGAUACAUGGUAUACAAUUAGAUUAAAGAGAGUUGGACCCAAGCUUACAAUGUGGUUAAAUACAACUGAUGGAGAAAAUAAAAAUACGCUAAGUUUUACAGCUGCUACAGAUCAUCACCAACCUGACCCAGGCACGGUAUAUAUUGGUGGCGCUCCUGCAAACGUCAUAUCCGAUUCUUAUUUUGAAACAGAUGACUUCUCGUGGAAGGGGUGUAUAUCAGGACUGAUUGUAAAUGGUAAAACCGUGCCUUUAUUUGCAAAGUCACACCUGGGAAUCAAUCCAAAACCAUGUGAUUCUAACUGCCAUCCUAGUCCAAAGGAACAGACGUCUUUAAGAUUUGCUGGUGAUGGAUAUGCUGAAAUUCCCGCCUCGUUAUUCUAUCGGAAUCCUACAGUGACAAGUGUAUCAAUAGAAUUCCGUACCAGACAAACUAAUACAUUUAUAAUGUCUAUAUACCAUAGACGUGAACGGUUUCAUCUAGAAGUGGAAAUAGCGAAUGGGAAGGUAGUGAUUAAAACUACGACGCCCACAGAAUCUACAUUACUGAGAAGCGAGAAAAAAUUUAAUGAUAAUAAAUUCCAUGAUCUUAAGAUAUCAUACAGAGAUAGUACGACUUAUCCUGAAGUAGAUGACGUAGAUGGUUUGUUUUCUAUAGAACGACAACCUAGUUUACAUAUGAAGAAAGAUGGUAUUCUACUUGGAGGAAAACAGAAUAAAUAUGAUAAAAGAGAAAAAUCCGAUAAACAACCAAAUUUAAUUGGUUGUUUAAGAAAUCUAAGAAUAAAUAAUGGUGUUAUAGAUAUUUUUGAAAUGGUGUCGUAUGAGAAUAUUCAUAUAGGACCUUGUUUUACCCAUAAUAUAUGGGAUAAUUGUGUAAAGUUCAAUGCUGAGAGUAAUGCAGUAGAGUUCAUAGAUCAAAAGAUGGUAUAUCUAAUAGACUUAACAAUAAGUCGAGAUUCAUCGGGUCAAUUACUUCAUUAUACUAAAGGUUCAGAUUUCAACUUGUUAUUAUCAGUUAAAGAUGGUAUUUUACUUAUAACAGAAACAGUUAAAAGUCUUACAGCAGAGAUUAAUUUUCCACCUAAUAGGACUUUUAUACCUUUAGUAGUGCGUGACGAUAAUGGGAAGAUAGAGAUAGUUGUAUUAGGAGAAGAGCGAUCCUUUAGUUACGGUGGGUGGUUUUACAGUAAUGAUCCCGACACCCUGUAUACUAUUAUAUUAGGGGAUGCAAGUGAAGACAAAUUUAUUGGAGACAUUGCUGAAUUAUCGAUCAAUUCUGAGUUACAUGAUCUAUCAUCCAGGAGCAAUGAGAAUUUAUUAUUAUCAUGUGUUAGAGAAGAUACUCAACCUAUUGUUAAUAAUCUAAUAUUACAACCAUGUCGUUAGAUUACUAUAUUUACUUACACAUUUUACCUAUACUGUAUUAUUAUAUUUACAUAUUUAAUUUCAUACAAACAUUUUACUUUCUAAACACUAAUAACAGAAGAUAUUAUAUAUUGUU